CGGUGUAACUUUGACGUACCCGGUGCAGAAACAAAACCCGGGUAUUUUCAGCGCCUGAUUGUAUUCUGUGCAGAGUUGUCAGGUCAGCUGUUUGUUGUCGUGUUAGCAGUUAUCCGCUUUAAUUCCUCGAGUCUUUCCGCCUCCAACUAACCCGGAUAACCGCCUGUUUGCUCGCUCAACAUGGAGAGUCGAAAACGACUAUUGGAGGCAGUUUCGAGCCCCGCUGACAGCUUCAAAACGCCGGAGAAGAGCGUGUCAGUUCCCGGGCUGUGGAGCUCGGACUACAUGCAGUGGGGAGUGGAGGAAACGUGUCAGUAUCUGCGAAGAGAAGGUCUCAGGGAGUGGGAGGAUAAAUUCAGAGCACAGAAAAUCACAGGUGUGGGGCUGAGGUAUCUCACGGAUGAUCACCUGGAGAAGAUCGGCAUUGGGUAUCUUGGUGACCGUCUGCAGAUCCUGCACAGCAUCAGGAAGCUAUGGCAAAUAGCAGCUGGGUCAAAUAAGGUCUUUAAUGAUCCCAUCCAUGGUCACGUGGAGUUACACCCGCUGCUCAUCAAGAUCAUAGACACACCUCAGUUCCAGAGAUUGAGGAACCUCAAGCAGCUUGGAGGAACCUACUUUGUGUUUCCUGGAGCCUCCCACAACCGCUUUGAGCACAGCAUUGGGGUGGGUUACCUGGCAGGACGACUCGUACAAGCUCUGAAUGAGAGGCAGCCUGAACUCCUCAUUUCUCGCCGAGACAUCCUUUGUGUGCAGAUUGCCGGGCUCUGCCAUGACCUGGGACAUGGACCCUUUUCCCAUAUGUUUGAUGUUAUGUUCAUUCCCAAAGCACGUCCAGAAAUUAAGUGGAAGCAUGAGACUGCCUCUCUCGCCAUGUUUGACUACCUGGUGGAAGACAAUAACCUGAAGCCAGUGAUGGAGCAACAUGGACUGGUGCUGCCUGAAGACCUGGACUUUAUCAAGGAGCAGAUUGCUGGACCACUGAACACUGAUGCAGCUCAAGGCCAGAAGUGGCCAUACAAAGGCCGUCCAGAGAACAAGUCCUUCCUGUAUGAAAUUGUGGCCAACAAAAGGAAUGGCAUUGAUGUGGAUAAGUGGGACUACUUUGCCAGGGACUGCUACCACCUGGGCAUCCAGAACAACUUUGACUAUCGCCGCUUCCUAAAGUUUGCCCGGGUGUGUGAGGUGGACGGGCAGAAGAACAUCUGCACUAGAGACAAGGAGGUGGGCAAUCUGUAUGACAUGUUCCACACCAGGAACUGUCUCCAUAGACGAGCUUACCAGCACAAAGUGGGCAACAUCAUAGAGACUAUGAUCACGGAGGCCUUUUUAAAAGCAGAUCCACACAUUCAGAUUGAAGGCUCAGGAGGGAAGAUGUUCACUCUCUCCACAGCCAUAGAUGACAUGAAGGCCUACACCAAGCUGACAGAUCAGGUGUUUGAACAAAUACUCAACUCCUCCUCCCCGGAGCUGGCUGAGGCGAGGCAGAUACUAAAAAACAUCAUCUGUCGACGCCUCUACAAGUGUCUGGGUCAAACUCAGGCAGAGAAACCCAUGGCUGUCACCCAGGAGACUAUUCACAGCUGGGAAGUAGAAUUGGCUCAAUCCAUCCCUCAGACUGGCAGCCAGGAAGCCAGUCUGCGACCAGAGGACUUUGUAGUUAAUGUCAUUGUUAUGGAUUAUGGGAUGAAGGAACAGAACCCAAUCAACAAUGUGCGUUUCUACUGCAAGAACGACCUAACUAAAGCCAUCCAGAUACGGAAGAACCAGGUAUCUAAACUUCUUCCAGAGCAGUUUGCUGAGCAGCUGAUCAGGGUCUACUGUAAGAAGAGGGAUGAGAAGAGUCUGGAAGCUGCCAAGAAGCACUUUGUUCAGUGGUGCAUGGACAGAAACUUCUCAAAGCCUCAGGAUGGAGACAUAAUAGCACCUGAGCUCACGCCUCUGAAAGCCAGCUGGUCCAACAACAACAACAAAGGCGAAUGUAGUGGUAACGGCAGCACCAGAGAGGCAAACUGUGUUAGUGCAAAUGGGCCGAAGAAGGCCAAAACACAGCUUUUUAAAUAAGAGGGGGAGAGAAAGCAGCCUUCGUUUGCACAUGUAGAGACAGAACAGAUGAGACAGUGUUAGGUGAAGAUUGUAUUUUCUACGAAGUGAGUGAGUUGAUGAGCACAACAAACCGUUUUUAUACCAAAUCAAAUUUAUUUAAAGUUUCAAAUACAGUAAAUACCUUUGGCACAUUUCUGUGCUUCUACUCGGGUUUUUGUUUUUUUUUUUUUUUU